CCGGCUUGAAGUCAACGUCGUAGAAUCAGAAUCUGUUUUAAGAAAGUACGGAAGUACUAAUAAUUAUUCUACAUAAGCGAGAUUAUCUUAAAGUUAAUAGAUUUUCAUUUUUAAACAAUGGAUAAUUAUCAACGAACAUAUACUGUCUCAAACAAUAAAUAUAUGAAACGUGGUAAUCAAGAAAGAUAUCACAGAAAUAAUUACAGAAAUGAAGAGAAUCAGUAUAAUAAUUCCAGAUAUAGCAAUUCUGACUGUGAAUCUGAGAAGUUUAUUAUACACAUUAACAGUGAUAAAGUAGGAAAACUGAUUGGUAGAAGUGGAGCUAACAUUAAAGAUCUUCAAAGCAAAACAAAUACAAAAAUUCAUAUUGAUAGAUCAACUGGUAAUGAUACUACUGCUGUAACUAUAAUUGGUUCCAAAGAAGCACAACAGCAUGCUCAGAAUGAAAUAGAAGAUUUAUUGAAAGAUUCUUCAUAUGUAUCGACAGAAGCAAAGAAUGAGCAAACAGAACAAUAUGAGCAAGAGGAUAAACCACAAAUUGAUUUUACAACAUUUGAUUGGACCAAAGCUGGUGAAGAAUGUGAUGCAUAUAGAAAAGAAAAAUGGUCAAAGUUUGCACCUGUUAUCAAGAAUUUUUAUAAAGAGCAUCCAGAGGUUGCUAAUAUGACAAAAGAACAGGUAGCUCAUAUUAGGCAAACAAACAACAAUAUAGAAGUAAGAUAUAUGUUUGAAAAUGAAGAAAAAAGUUCAGAGAGUUCAAAAGAAUUCCCCAUACCCAAUCCUAUUGAAACAUUUGAACAAGCUUUUGAGGAUUAUCCUGAGAUACUGGAGGAAAUAAGAAAGCAAGGAUUUGCUAAACCAAGUCCAAUACAGUGUCAAGCUUGGCCUGUUCUCCUUAGCGGUAAAGACCUUAUUGGAAUUGCGCAAACAGGCACAGGUAAAACACUGGCAUUUUUGUUGCCUGCUUUAAUUCAUAUCGAAGGACAAGAAACACCAAGGUCAGAGAGAACUGGGCCUAAUAUUCUUGUUAUGGCACCCACCAGAGAAUUAGCAUUACAGAUUGAAAAAGAAGUGAAUAAAUAUUCUUAUCACGGUAUAAAAGCGGUAUGCAUCUAUGGAGGUGGCAGCCGUAAAGAACAAGUCAAUAUAGUAACUAAAGGUGUAGAAAUAGUCAUUGCGACUCCUGGUAGACUAAAUGAUCUUGUAGAAGCAAAUAUUUUAAAUAUUUCUUCGGUCACGUACCUUGUAUUAGACGAAGCUGAUCGCAUGCUUGACAUGGGAUUUGAACCACAAAUUAGGAAGACUUUGUUAGAUAUAAGACCAGAUCGGCAAACAGUUAUGACGAGUGCUACGUGGCCUCAAGGUGUUAGACGUUUAGCUCAGUCGUAUAUGCAAAAUCCGAUUCAAGUAUUUGUCGGGUCUCUCGAUUUAGCUACUGUACAUACAGUAAUGCAGAAAAUUUAUAUAGUCGAUGAAGAAGAAAAAUCAGAUAGGAUGUAUCAAUUUUUCCGUGAGAUGGCCAUCACCGAUAAGGUAAUAGUAUUUUUUGGGAAAAAAUGCCGAGUAGAUGACAUUGCGAGUGAUUUAGCUCUUCAAGGUGUUAACUGUCAAAGUAUACACGGAGGAAGGGAGCAGUGUGAUAGAGAACAAGCAUUAGAAGAUUUAAAAACUGGCGAAGUACAAAUACUUCUUGCAACGGAUGUUGCCAGUCGUGGCAUCGAUAUUGAAGAUGUUACGCAUGUAUUAAAUUAUGAUUUUCCGCGAGAUAUUGAAGAAUACGUUCACCGAGUUGGUCGAACGGGUCGCGCUGGACGCACUGGAGAAAGUAUUACAUUUAUGACAAGGAAAGAUUGGGCUCUUGCGAAGGAAUUAAUUACUCUUCUAGAAGAAGCUAAUCAAGAAAUUCCUGAGGAACUGUUUAAGAUGGCUGAAAGAUUUGAAGCCCGAAGAGAUAAACGAGAUUUUCCACAGAGAAGGGGUGGCAACAGAAGAUACUGAUUCUUACGUCUAUGUUCGUGAGCUCAUGUUCCUAAUAUUCCUAAUAUGGUAAAAUUUCCAUAGUUAUUAGUAACUAGCUUGGUACCUUCUUUUUUUACAUAUAUAUAUAUAUUUUUUUUUUUUAAUUUUGUUUCAUACCACGUUGUAUUCUUUUUUUUUAAGGUAAUGAAUUUCAUAAAAAGCAUAAUGGUAGUUGUUUCUAAUUGAAAUAAAAAAUUAAAAUUUGAUACAA